AUGAUUGAGGAUGCGCCGGCCGCCAGCACCUCGGCGGCGGCUGCCGCUGCCGACGACGUCGAGAUGACCGAGAGCAGCGGCGCCGCUGUGGCUGCCGGCGAGUCCGAAAAUCCCAACGGCUCCGAGCUCCCCUUUGCCGGGGGCGGCGAGAGCGACCCGGUCCCACCGCGCGUCGUCUUUGCGCAGUACCUCGCCAGUCCCGUCGUCACGCUCAUCAUUGGCACGGGCGAGAACGAGACCAUCUUGACGGCGCAUCAGGGCCUGUUGGUGCAGAGCCCGUACUUUGCCGAGGCUUGCGCUGAGUUUGCGGAUGAUGGGAGCCCCCGCCAAAUCGAGCUGUCCGGCGAGGACAUCGAGGCGAUGGGGUGCUUCCUCGAGUUCCUCUACACGGGCGACUACUUCCCCAGGAAGGUGCCCGGGCAACGCACGCUCGAGAAGGACCCCUCGAUCCCCGAGGUGGACAUGACGGGCGAGCAGCUCCUCAAGCACGCUAAGGUCUACACCCUUGCGGAGAAGUUUGGCCUCACGCGCCUCAAGAACCUGGCGUCGAGCAAGAUCCACUGCGUCAACUCGACCGCCAAGGGCGAGAUCACCUACGCCCGUUACGUCUACCAGUACACCGCCAAGGAUGACACGGCCAUCCGCGUGCCCGUCGCGAACUUCUGGGCCACGCGCUCCCACACGCUGCGCUCCGAGGCCGAGGAGGAGUUCCGCAACCUGUGCUUGGAGUUCCCUCAGUUCGGCUACGACGUGCUCACUCGUGUCCUCGACGAGAAGCUCAAGCGCGAGCGCAACGAAAAAUUGCACCCCGGCGCCCCCGGCAGCGCCCGCAAGCGGCCCAGGCACAGCAGCACGACUGCCUAG